GGCAGGAUAAGCCAUAAGUGGAAAAUAGAUACCAAAACCCAUUGUAAUCUGCUAGUACAUAUUAGAUGCCAUUGUCCAUACAGUAUGUACUGUAUGGAGAGGGAGCCCAGGGAGACAGAGGGCUGCCUGCCAGGGCUGAACCAGAAUCUGGAAACACCUAGGCAACUAGAACGAUGCAGCGCCCCCUGGCUGCCUCUUGGGUUUCCGGACGUCUUUGAGCUCAGCCUGGGCACAGAGCACCAGGCCACUGUUGAUGGGAAAUGGCUUUGUCCCAGGCGGAUCGCGGCCUGGUCCUCGCGCUCUGGAAGAAGAUGGGAGACAAUGUUGGAAUCUACGCGACCGAAGCCUUGGAGAGGACCUUCGUGGCUUUCCCCUCCACCAAAACCUACUUCCCACACUUGGACCUGAGGCCAGGCUCUAGCCAGGUUAAAGCCCAUGCCCAAAAGGUGGCCGAUGCACUGACUCUCGCUACCCAGCACCUGGACGACCUGCCUGCUUCUCUGUCUGCUCUCAGUGAUCUGUAUGCGCACAAGCUCCGCGUGGACCCCGCUAACUUUCAAUUCUUCAGCCACUGUCUGCUGGUGACUCUUGCCCGGAACUAUCCUGGAGACUUCAGCCCGCAGAUGCAUGCCUCCUUGGACAAGUUUCUGGAUCACGUGACUUCCGCACAGGUCUCUGAGUAUCACUAAACUGAGGAUGCAGG